AUGGCUGACAUGAUUUCCCAGGCCGCAGGCACUCAUACAGAGCGCUCUGGGGUACUACAUCCUCCCAGCUAUCGAGAUGCGGCUAUUCACAGUGCUGUGCCAGCUACCAAGGAAGAAUGGACCGACCUUUUAAAGAACAACACCUCCUGCUUGAAAGGUAUCGUCGUCUCGCGAAAGGCAGGUGUUCCAGAGAUGGCUCAAUAUACAGCCUUUGAAUUCGACUACGACCCAUUUCAAGGCCCCGAAUAUGUUCAAGACGAAAAAACUGAGAUCAAAGUUGUCAGGAUUGAAUGUGAGAGUCAACAGCAUGCUCUUGAUACUGGCAUCUCCCAACAUGAGAUCGAAGUCCUGAUGAAGACCGUCGCCACGGACAUGAGGUUGGACUUUCAGGCUCGUCAAGUGUCCGUGCGUCAACAUAAAAAGUCAUCACGAACCAAGAACCUACAAAUCUCGCACCGGCAUCCCAAGUUUAUACUUUAUCUUGACCAACGGUCCCUCGCGAUCGCCCCGGACUGCCAAGCUCGGCUUAUGCAGCUUAAGCACACAGAUGACAGAACACGAGCUGUGGCUUUUCUAGAGGACUACGGGGACGGAUUUGCAAUGCAGGCCACUUUUGGUGGCCUUCUUUUUCAUAGCGAGAACGUCAGCAAGUUAGAAGGAGACGCAUUAGACCAGAGAGAAAACACCCUAAAAAUCGCUGCCAAGGCGGCUUUCUCCUCCAUUGAUUCCUUCUCCAAAGCGAGCUCAAUGGGCUUGGAGACCGCCAUACUUCAAAAGGACUAUUCGAAGAUCAGUCGUACUUCCGAAGAAAUGUUUUGGUGCGGGAUUGGGGGCGAUCCAUCUCUACACGGGCACCCUGAAGCAUGGCUGCUUUCGAUGAAAGAAGAUAAAUCCAGAUGGAAAAUCAUUGAUAAAAAACUUCUCGUACCACUCCCAGUAGUAUUGGGGAAAUUCAACGGCUUUGAAUGGGUUCCAGAACGGUUUACCCAGUUACUAAGGCCAGAGAUACAGAGUUUGCCGCUCCUGGUCCUGCCUGAGGAUUCCCGUAUCGGCCUUUCAUCGUUGGCGAUCACCGCAAUGGAAACUCGAAUUCACCGAGGCAUUGACCAAUAUGACUAUGUUGUAUCUGAAGACAAGUUUUUCGUUGUCUUUCAGGAUCAAGGGGGAUACAUCAAAUACGGAUAUAUUGAUAUGGCUGAUGAUGACCAGCGGGAUGAUAUUCUAUUCGUUGACGCGAUUGUCCGUGCACGUCAUAACACUCCUCUCCUCUUGCUUGGCAGAGGACUCUUUUUCACCAUUAACAAUCAUAUAUGUGACUGA